UGAGUUUGGUGGUUUUACAACGAAGCUGUGCAAAGUACUUGCCUCCGGCGUGUUAUUUUCUCCAUAAAAUAAAGUGAAAUUUGUUAUUUUAUUGUAAGUUACAUAGAGAAAUAUCAUUAUCGCAUCAAUUUUAAGUUAAAUGUCAACUGUAUUUAUCAUCUAAAACUGUGUGUCGGUGGGUGUUAGUGAAUUACGUAAAUUUUCACUAAAAAAAAAAAAAAAAAAAUGGAAGAAUAUACGAGGGAACCAUGUCCUUGGCGAAUAGUUGACGAUUGUGGAGGAGCAUUUACAAUGGGUGCACUUGGUGGUGCUGUUUUUCAUUCAAUAAAAGGAUUUAGAAAUGCACCAAGUGGAUUGAGUAAACGAUUUAUGGGAAGUCUUAUAACAGUUCAACAACGUGCUCCAAUAUUAGCUGGAAGUUUUGCAAUGUGGGGUGGUACAUUUUCAACAAUUGAUUGUACUUUAGUUCACUUUAGGCGGAAGGAAGAUCCAUGGAAUUCAAUAAUUAGCGGUGCAGCGACAGGUGCAAUUUUAGCAGCAAGAAAUGGUGUCGCAGCAAUGACUGGAAGUGCAAUUGUUGGCGGUGUAUUGCUUGCUGUUAUUGAAGGAAUAGGUAUAUUUUAUACGAGAAUAAUGGCCGAUCAAUUUAAACAAACAUCAAUUAUCGAUGAUCCUUCACUUCAAUUUGACAAUUCACAACAAAGAAAUCCGUCAUAAAAUUAAAGAAAAAAAAAAAUUUGUAAAAUAGUUUUUUUUUCUUUUCUUUUUUUUUUUGUUUUAAACAUUAGGGUUUAAAGAUUCAAGUUUGCAUAUUUCAUUUCUGUAAAAUACAAUAAAUCAUAUAGUUAAUAGAGAGAUGUGGACUAUGUGCUUCAAUCAAGCAAUUAAGAAUGUUUGUUGAAUUUUUACUUUAUAGAGACUUUUUUUUCUGUUUAAUGUCAUAUAAUGGUCCCUGCGAAAAAAGAUUAUAUUAAAAAAAUAGAUUUUAAAUCUGA